AUGCACCCGCAGGCUAGGGCAGAGCUUAUUCCUGACUGGCUCAACAUCGAGACCUUCGCUGACAAGCUCGGUAUACUCGGCACAUUCUCAAACGUCCAAAGUGGAGUCGAGUAUACGGAGGUCGUUGGUCGAGGUGGAAGAAUUGCCAAAGCGAACCUAAAGUCCGUCCAUGAUUCCUUUGCGAUCGCAUCCGAAAUUCUCAAACUUCUGUCCAAUGUCGGGACACGAAGGGUACCGCGCAGCCGGCUGGGCGACUCCGUACUAUUUGACGAAGAAUUGAUAGUUUUAGUUUGUAGGUCAAAGGAGGACAACUCUUUCCAUUACGGUAUCUGUGUGGAAAAGAACGAUGAUGAAACAUGGCACAAGGUGUGCACUGCGUCUUUCGCGGCUGAGAGUUCGAUUGUCUUGAAGAAAGUCAUCGUGGACAUCAUGAUUGAUGCUCGACAUUUGAAGCGUUCUAUCAAUUGUACAAUAUGCAUUUAUGGCCACUCAUUUUUCCCCAUUCGCUGA